GGGGUGUAGGAACGCCUGUUUCCUGUUGACGUUGACUCUUCAAGUAAAACUUUUUUUGUGAUUGUUGCUUGCUUUAGAUGGUCUCGAAUAGUUUUAUUUUUGAGCAGUAAGACUUUAGGCUUUGAAUUGGUUAAUAGAGCCUUACCCACUGUUUGCAUUUUCAGUUUGGGAUGCUUUGUCGGGAAACUGAGAUCAGGAGGGGGGAUGAAUCACUACUCUGCCAUGGGCUAGCUCGAAUGAUGAGUUGCAGCGUGUAUUGGCCAAGCACGAAUCUAUUGCUUUCGGAACUUCAAGUGGAAACCCCCCAAAAAUCUGAACCUCUUGUAAAUGUUAAUGCUCUGCUUAUUGAUACCGAAGGCCGCAAACAAUCAGACCAAGGAUCUACAUCAAAUGCUAGCCUAGGGACAGAGUUGCUUCUUCCUGCUCCUCCUUCAGCUAGCAGUCCAUCCACAACAAAAGUUGACCCGAAAAUUGAUCUUCUGAGCGGAGAUGACUUCAGCUCACCUACAACUGAGAAUGUCCUGGCCCUUGUUCCUGUUGGUGGAGAACCUCAGUCUGCAAGUCCGUUCACAGAAGAAUGCCUUGAUCUUGUUGACAUGUUUUCACCACCCAGCAACUCACAAUCUCCAUAUUCAGCAGACCAGACACAUGCUUCGUCCCCUCAAUUUCGACAACAGAGUUUCACUUCUACUCUGUCAGCUUUGUACCCAAAUGGAAGGGUCCACGGAACUACAUAUACACAAGGCUCCAACAUGGCCUGGAACGAACAGAUAUCACAGCAACAGCAGCAGUCACCUUCUCCAGUUUAUGGUGGUCAAAGCAGUUCUUUUCCACCACCUUCAUGGGAAGCUGAGGCAGCAGAGAACAGCCAAACAGUGGGGAAUCCUCAUGCUCAACCAUGCAAAGUAAUAAGUUGUUGCCAGGUAGUCCACAUGCCCUACCAAUGCACAACAAUCAGCUAACGUCUGGUAGUCCAAAUGCUUUAUCAAUGCAAGAUAGCCAGCUGAUGGCAGCUAACAACCAGCAAUUGGCUGGUGGUUCAGAACAUGGUAUAUAUGCACAACCGAUCACUGAUGGACAGCCUGCCAUGAUGAACCAGGCUAUGCAAAACAAUCAGAUGGUAGGCUUGCUUCCUCAACCAAUCCAAGGUGGAAAAUCAAUGGGUAUGUUUCCACAACAAAUGCUGCCACCUGGGCACAUGGCUUAUAUGUAUGCCCAACAACAAAUGUAUGGCAACCAGAUUUCUAUGGCUAUGCCCAACCACAGAACACACAAUUUCUUAAUCAGAGAAUGUCUGGGCUCUCCGUGAGGGAUGAUGGAGUCCUAAAUAAUUCGUCCUGAGCCCUCAAAGCCAAAGGAUAAAAUAUUUGGAGACCUUAUUGACAAUUCAAAGUUCAAAUCACCCAAAACAACUCCUGGCAGAGCUAGGAGCAUGUGACAGUGACUGGUUUCAGCACCUUCCUUUUUUUCUUCAAUAUAAUUCAACAUCUAUUUAGUAAUCAAUCUUGUAUUUGUUCUGAUUUUAACCUCUACACUUUAAUUUUCACAAAUUGUUCCUUUUAGUCCAUAUGCAUUUAAUGGUUCUUUGUGGGUUUGUGUACAUUUCUUGUUGAGAGUACAACACCAAGAUCACAAAGAAAGUUAAGGAGCUUCUUUUUUUUGCCAGCUUGAAUAUGUAUAGAAUGUCUUCAUUUGUGUUAUUUGUGCAGCUUGGUGCUGUUAUAACUUGUCAUGCAGUUAUUUGUGCUUUUACCUGGAAGUACAAGUGAUAUGAAUUCCUGUACUGGUACUAGGGAAAUAUUGCAUCAAUGCCUCACCUGAAAGAAUUGUAAUAGUAAGAUAAUCCAUUGUUUGCUGAGCUACAACGCGGAUGUUAAGUUCUACAGUGUCUUUGCUGUUUUAUGUUUUGCUAUUUGUUUCUAUAUACUCUAUUCCUUUGCUUUAAAUGGAGUAUGAAGAUAUUAUACUGCAGUGUGUUCUGGUCGACACUUCAUGAGAUAUCAGCAGGUGGUUGUAUGAUUCUAUCAACCGCCCUUGAGGUGCAUUAAGACAUCUUAAGGGGGGUGUAUCUUCUGGUUUGUGGGACUUGAAUAACUAUUUGUCGAAAACUUGCCCAGGAUAAUAUAUGAUAAUGGUUUGCAGGUGCAAAGACAUUCCCCAGAAUUUACCGUAUGUUUUCUUCACCCAGUUCUCUAUUAAUCAACAAGCAAGAUAAUUUCAUUAGACAUAAAACAGUUCUCUAUUGAUCAACAAUCAAGAUAAUUUCAUUAGACAUAAAAAAAUAAGAUAAUUUCGUUAGACUGUUGAUCAACAAGCAAGAUAAUUUCAUUAAACAUAAAAAAAUUAAAAAAUAACUCGUUUGCCGGGAUGAACCCGGGUCUCUCGGGUGAGAGCCGAUUAACCUGACCAACUAGACUACAACACGGAUGAUACCUUUAAUGUCAUAUCUAAACUACUUAACUUUCCAAUUAAAUCUUAUAAAAAACAAUUUAAAAUAUCUUAACUACUUUUUUGAUAAUGAUCACGUAUCCAAAAUCUCUUCACGAUUGUCCAGUUCUAAUGUAUUCAAAUACUAUAACAACAUUUUUUUAGAUAUUCAGUUGUAUAUACACAUUUAAGAUUUUCUUUUAUUUAGUUGUAAUGAUCACGUAUUCAAAUAGACUGUUGAUAGGGAUCAAUUCAGCCUGACCCCCUCUACAUCUAAGCUGUGAGUUGAUAGUACGGGGUUCCACCUAAUCUGCAUGCAAAUUCCUUUUAUCAGUGUUGUCUUUAGUUAGAACUAUAUUAUUAAGGAUAGGGUUGUGUAUCAAUCAGCUCGAUUCGAUUUUGAAGUUUAUUGAUUUGGCUUAUUGAUAUCGAUUUGUAGAGAUGCUAAACCAUUAUCGACAUUGAUUGUUAGUUUAUCAAUUUUUUUUGUCUUUAUCGAUUAUCGAUUUAACCUUAAAAUUUGACACACACCAAAAAAAAAAUUAAAAAAUCACUUCGAAACAUGAUAAACCAAUUGAACCAUACACAUGAAUUCGCAAAUUACAUCUUACUCAAAAGCAACCAAAAAUAAAAGUAGAAAUUCAAACUCUAAGUCAAGGACUUUGUAUACAAAACAGUAUAAAUAUAAUCAUUUAAUUUACCAUCAAAUUAUUAUCGAUUAACCGUUAAAAGAAUCACCCAAUAAAAAUAAAUAAAUCAAAACAAUUAUCGAAGCCAAUAAUAACAAACCAAAAACUUUUUUUUUCCAAUUCAAAGUCAUCAAUUUCAAUUCAAUUUUGAACUACCCCUACUUAAGGUUACUCUCAUGUUCAAUAGGAAAAUUGGCAGGCUUUCUAGGCACAAUUAGCGGUUAUUGAGGAGAAUUUGGGUGGAAAAGAUUUGGGAAAACUUUUGGGGAGAAAAAAAAAUACUUUUUGGUCCUUUGUGCCUUUUCUUCUCUCAGAUCCUCAUUUCCAAAUUUAUUUUGAACAAGAAGACCCCCGUGAAGUAUUUUAUCACUUGUUAAAAAAAAAAGUAAUCUGAAAAUAUAAUAUCGGGCUCAUGUUAAUAUUUUCAUUAAUAUAUACAAUACUAAACAAUUAAAGUACAAUCAGAAAUUUCAUUUUCCUUCACUUUCAAUAUUUAGAAGCAUAAUAUUAGCAAAAUUUAUAGAAGUAUAUAUUGUAAAGUAAAAACUAGGCAAAA